AUGGAGCCUCCUAUGCAGAAGAUCCGUGAAACGUAUGGCGUCCUUAGCCAAACAGAACAGUCACAGCACAGGAAUUGCUCACCACGUGCGGACGAUCGUGGCCUUUGGAGUGCUAUCAAGGCUUGGUAUCUGUUUGCCGUCCACAUCGUACUAUCUGUUGCCACUGCAGUAAUAGUCAUUCACAUAGACAAUCAUGAAUUCAAGAUCGGAUCAGAUUAUUCUGUACUCACCUUUCACUCCCCGCUUCAUCAAGCACAAGUUACUGGCCUCCUUUCACUUGCACUAGUGGUGGUCAGACUUGUUGCUGGAGCUGGCUCUACACUUCUUGUCUGGCGAAUCAUUUUCAUCCUUCUCGAAAACCGUGGGAUCACUCUCUUGGAGCUGACACGAACGCUCAGCUUCCGUAUACCGAUUCUGCCCGCAAUCAAUGCAGAGAGAUCACUGUUUUGGUCUCUGUGGGCAACCAUCGCGCUUGCUUUGAUGUGGCCUCAUGGCUUUGCAGCGCCACUUGCAUCAUCUUCACUCUCCUGGAUUCCUGGUACCAAAUUGCGCAAUGACAAAAGAAUAGCGUCUAUAGAAAGGAUUGGUGACUUUACCCACUGGUCCGCUAUCCUUUAUUCCGAUAUGCGGGCGAUUACAGUUAUUAGUGCCGCGGCCCUGACGGCGAAUGAGCCGCAAUAUGCUUUCAGAUCAGAGCCUAUCCAGCUACGAAGGUAUUUCAGUCCAAGCGAAGACAUACCUACCAGGAGUCGGAUCAACCUUUCACUCCCCUAUCUAGCAACCAAUCUCCGAUGGAUCAACGCAACGGACAACGACAAAUCACAAUAUGCUGGAAACGCAGACUACUCUGAUGUCAGUCACCCCCUGGGAACUAGAGCAAUAGGAGCAACAUCUAUCAUCAUGGAUGAAAAAUGGGACCCAAGGAGCCAAAUGCCGAAACAAUCAUCCAUACUCAAAACAACUAAGCUAGUUGCGGUCCGACUCUCAAUGGUGCCAUCUGAGGAAGAGCUCGCAAAGGGCCGUCGUCCUAGUGACAAGGACGAAUGCCCAACAGUCUCAGCUCAGUUUGGAAAACUUCCUCCUGUCAUCCAAAAAAAGGUUCCCGUUAUAAACGGGAAGGGCACGAUCACCACAUAUGAUUGCUACAUACUGGCGGAAGUGGCGAUGACUGCCGGUAUCUACGGAGGACGGGACUGUGAGGUUGUCUCUUCUAACUCGACAUCCCAAUCGUAUGCCACCUGCUCAGUCUUACGGGACGAUGAGGUCCUCAAAGAAGACUGGCUUCACAGUCUUUCCCUGGACUUUACAUCCGAGGUCCUCAAGUAUAGCGUGUUGCAGAACUUCAGUCAGCCUUGGAUCAGUCCUGAUCUGGAUACUUAUGUGAGCGGGAUGCUGACUAUGGGAUAUCACGCAUCUUGGAGUACCUUGAUGAGAAGACUGGGCAACUAUACCGAGCUCAUAUCUUUUAAAGCGUCAGAACCUGCUGUCUUUGUAUCGGUGGAUAGACGAAAGCUCUAUAUUUGGUUGUCGAUGAACGCGACUCUCACGUUGGCUGCAGUUAUCGUUUGUGCCGCAAGCAUAACGGCAAAGACCAAAACAGUCCGCGAUACAACCCUUGCACCUUUGACGAUGGAUCUUUCAGAUAUCUUACACACGCCUGAAACUAGGGGUCUCUGUACCGCUGUAAGUCUUAAUCAUGAGGACCGCAAACUUCCAAGGCUGCAAUGGCAGAGAGAUUCUGGGGACAGUGAAGAUCAUACUGAUCAGGCAGCCGUAUCAUGCUGCAGAAAGAUCGUUCUUGUUCAAGGUUCAGAGCCAGUGCGUCCUCCCGACACGAAUCUAGAUUCUCAGUCCUAA